CAGCUGAACCAGAGACCGUCUGGCUGAACGAAAAGUAAUGUUUGAAUGGAAUACAAGUUCAGCAGCCUCUCGGUCUGUCAGAGAGGGUAAAUGUUUCUACCAGAUUACAGAAAAGCACAUCACCGAGUCUCGUCCAACUCCAAGUCACCACGUUUUAAAAACGAAUUGUACACGUUCUUUAGUCAGUUGUAUGCCUUAAAGACACUAACAUUAGUUAGCCACCAACUCUACGAUAACCUGCUAGCUAGCUACCUAACAGGUAAAUUGUAACAUGUAACAUCGGCUAAUUCGUCUGGUUUUACUGAGAUUGAGGUUAGUAGGUUAGAGCCAGGCGCGGCUGUUCCUAAAUGAUCUCCACAGAGUCUAUUGCCAUUGAUAGACAUGUCUGGAUGGCAGGUCCUCGGAGUUGUCGGCAUCUUAAUAUUAAGUCUGCUGUUGAUGGCCGUCGGGUACGUGAUGUACUCGGGCCUCUUUUCCGAAAUUAACAUCCGGACCGGGUCACCUCCAAUGAGAAAUAUCACAAUUGCCUACAAGUUUAAGCAAGGACCUUACAAAGACUGUGGACCGCUCUUUACAGAGUGUAGUAAACUUGGUCCGAAGCUCUCCACCAUUGGGGUUUUCUACGAUGAUCCAAAAAAGGUGCCUGGGCCCUUGUGUCGCUGUGCGGUGGGCAGUGUCUUGAGCGAGGCGGUCGGUGCCCCCUGUGCGGAGACGCAGCUUCGCUACGAGGCGGCCGGCUUCCGUCUCUUCUCCUUCCCCGAGGUCACACACGCCGUGUGUGCCAGCUUCCCCCACCGCACCUCCCUCUCCAUCUUCCUCGGGGUCCAGCGCGUCUACCCGCAACUGGACGCCUACAUUAAGAAGCGCCAGCUGUGUGCCCACCCAUUCCUGGAGGUGUACAGUGGGCAGCUGAUCCACUAUAUGAGCCCGCUGGCGCGUCAAGAUGGUUUUUACGUGCCCGAGGUACGGGAGGCCGAGCGCAGGAGGGCAGGGGAUGAUGACGAUGAGGAAGAUGAUGAAGAUGAUGGGACGACCAUUGUCUCAGGUACAGGUUCUUACAGCCAAUGCAGCUCUGUGAGUGGUCAACUCCGUCAGCACAGACAGUGCAGCUCUGUGAGUGGCCGGCAACGUUCCGACAGCCAGUGCAGCUCUGUCAGUGGUCAGCAGCGUUCCGACAGCCAAUGGAGCUCUGUGAGUGGUCGACUCCGGCCACCAAGCCAACGCAGCUCUGUGAGUGGUCGACAGCGCUCCCACAGCCCGUGCAACUCUGUGACUGGCCAGCACUACUCCACUACCCACAGGAGCAGCCCCACGCCCUGCUCUACUAGCUCGUGCCUUCCGCUCCUGGGCCGUGGUGAGGCGCCGAGGGCCGAGAGGAGCCACAGAUCGUCUCCCUCCCCGUUCAGAGGGCUGGACGACGUCAAGCUGAAGGUCCACACCCGCUCCUGCCAGACAGAUCUGCUCCAGGAGCGAGGGAUGGCCACUGAAGGAGAGGAAUAAGAGAGGGAUGAAGAGAUGAUGGCUGGAGAGGAGCGAGCCAGUCCAAACAAAGUGUCUUUCUGGUGUGCAAGUGGCCUGGUGGACCAUGCAAGAAACACCAGUCUGCGUUGUGUCAUGUCAAGGGAAGUGUGUUAAACCCCCUUGCUAGAGGUGGCCUUAUUCUCUCUUGUUAGCAGUUACCUGUUAGUCAUUUCAAAAACACCACUGUGGUUUCAGUUUAGACACUACCUUUUCCUUUGAUUUAGCUGUGAAUUUAACCAUUUUAACACUGAUUUCAACUCUGAACAUGCGUGAUUUGACUUAGAAGGUGCUAAGGACCCAUAUACCAAAUACCAAGUUCAUCUGAGUUCUUUCUCAUACUUGAAUGAACAUUGAUGGAACAAAAGGAUGACUUUGUAAUGUUUGCUCAGCAUACAAAGCAAAACCAUUUCUGUUGAUUUAGGCUGCUAAUAUGAUCCUGUUGUUUAAAAAAACGUAUUCCACGUUUCAAGACUAGUAAUAUUACAUAGAUCUUAUUGUAUAUGAUGAGUUUGAGUUUUGAUUGCCUAUACUGGUACUGUUUUGUUUUGAAUGUUUUGAAUUUGUAAAUCUGUAGUUAUCUGUGGGCACAUAGAGAUUGUCUCAUAUUAAUUCAGUUUUUAAAUAUUUGUUUUCCUUCAGGGUGGAGAACUUUGAAACCUGUAAAUCUCUGUUUGUAUAACACUACACUACUAUUUGAUACAACUUGAAAUAAUCAUCUGUGAUAAAUAUCUCACAACACACAACCUCAAGACUUCAGUCAAUGACCACGUCUCUAGCCUCAUAUAUAUUUAACUGACCUCUGUGAUUUCUUUCAGGACUGUGGACAUUAAAUAUUAUUAUUUUAUUACCA